GGGGCCAGCGGCCGCGGGACAGCCCCGCCAACAGCCUCGCCCAGCCGCCGCCGCGGGAGAGCCUCGGCCCCGGAGCGCCGCCGACAGGAGCACGACGCGGAGGCGCAGUGGCGCCCGGCGAGUUUUUCCCGGAAAACACACCACACACACCAGCGUUCGGGUUUUGAGUUGAGGAGGCACGGCUUCAGUGCUUUCACUCCCCCAGUGUGGGUCAUCUGGAAGAAGAAAGAGAAUACCAGCCCUUAUGGAGACUAUGGCCAAAAUGGAGGUGAAAACGUCACUUCUGGACAACAUGAUUGGAGUUGGAGAUAUGGUUCUUUUAGAACCUCUGAGUGAGGAGACCUUCAUCAACAACCUCAAGAAGCGCUUUGACCACAGUGAAAUAUAUACGUACAUUGGAAGUGUGGUUAUAUCCGUUAACCCAUACCGCUCAUUGCCCAUUUAUUCACCAGAGAAAGUGGAAGAUUACAGGAAUAGGAAUUUUUAUGAGCUGAGCCCUCACAUCUUUGCCCUGUCUGAUGAAGCAUACAGAUCCCUACGCGAUCAAGAUAAAGACCAGUGUAUUCUCAUUACUGGGGAGAGCGGAGCAGGAAAAACAGAGGCCAGCAAGCUUGUUAUGUCCUACGUAGCAGCAGUUUGUGGAAAAGGAGCGGAGGUUAAUCAAGUCAAAGAACAGCUUUUACAGUCCAACCCUGUCCUGGAAGCUUUUGGAAAUGCCAAGACUGUAAGGAAUGACAACUCCUCUAGAUUUGGCAAAUAUAUGGAUAUUGAAUUUGAUUUUAAAGGCGAUCCACUGGGAGGAGUGAUAAGUAACUAUCUUUUAGAGAAAUCUCGAGUUGUUAAGCAGCCAAGAGGUGAAAGAAACUUCCACGUAUUCUAUCAGCUGCUCUCUGGAGCCUCUGAAGAGCUCCUCAAUAAACUUAAACUUGAGCGGGACUUCAGCAGAUAUAACUACCUGAGUUUGGACUCUGCCAAAGUUAAUGGAGUGGAUGAUGCAGCGAAUUUCAGAACCGUUAGGAACGCCAUGCAGAUUGUGGGUUUUAUGGACCAUGAAGCUGAGUCCGUCUUGGAGGUGGUGGCAGCCGUGUUGAAACUGGGCAACAUUGAGUUCAAGCCGGAAUCUCGAGUGAAUGGUUUAGACGAGAGCAAAAUCAAAGAUAAAAACGAGUUAAAAGAGAUUUGUGAGUUGACCGGCAUUGAUCAGUCGGUUCUAGAACGGGCAUUCAGUUUCCGCACAGUUGAGGCCAAGCAGGAGAAAGUUUCAACUACAUUGAACGUGGCUCAGGCUUACUAUGCUCGUGAUGCUCUGGCUAAAAACCUCUAUAGCAGGUUGUUUUCAUGGUUGGUAAAUCGAAUCAACGAAAGCAUUAAGGCACAAACAAAAGUGAGAAAGAAGGUCAUGGGUGUUUUGGACAUUUAUGGCUUUGAAAUUUUUGAGGACAACAGCUUUGAACAGUUCAUUAUUAACUAUUGUAAUGAAAAGCUGCAACAAAUCUUCAUUGAGCUUACUCUUAAAGAAGAGCAGGAGGAGUAUAUUCGGGAGGACAUAGAAUGGACUCACAUUGACUACUUCAAUAACGCUAUCAUCUGUGACCUAAUAGAAAAUAACACAAAUGGAAUCCUGGCCAUGCUGGACGAGGAGUGCCUGAGGCCUGGCACGGUUACCGAUGAGACCUUCUUAGAGAAGCUGAACCAAGUCUGCGCCACCCACCAGCACUUUGAGAGCAGGAUGAGCAAGUGUUCUCGGUUCCUCAACGACACGUCCCUGCCUCACAGCUGUUUCAGAAUUCAGCAUUAUGCUGGCAAGGUGCUGUACCAGGUCGAAGGAUUUGUUGACAAAAACAAUGACCUUCUCUAUCGAGACCUGUCCCAAGCCAUGUGGAAAGCCAGCCAUGCCCUCAUCAAGUCUUUGUUCCCCGAAGGGAACCCGGCCAAGAUCAACCUGAAAAGGCCUCCUACAGCAGGCUCACAGUUCAAGGCAUCCGUGGCCACCCUGAUGAAGAACCUACAGACCAAGAAUCCAAACUACAUUAGGUGUAUCAAACCAAAUGAUAAAAAAGCAGCACACAUCUUCAACGAGGCCCUCGUAUGUCAUCAGAUCAGGUACCUGGGUCUUUUGGAGAACGUCCGAGUGAGGAGGGCUGGCUACGCCUUCAGGCAGGCCUACGAACCUUGCCUAGAAAGAUACAAGAUGCUUUGUAAGCAAACAUGGCCUCACUGGAGAGGACCAGCAAGGACUGGUGUGGAGGUUCUGUUUAAUGAAUUAGAGAUUCCUAUGGAAGAAUACUCCUUUGGUAGAUCAAAGAUAUUCAUCCGAAACCCAAGAACAUUAUUCAAACUAGAAGACCUGAGGAAACAACGUCUCGAGGACUUGGCCACCCUCAUUCAGAAGAUUUAUCGGGGGUGGAAAUGCCGCACACACUUCCUGCUAAUGAGAAAGAGCCAAAUCGUGAUUGCUGCCUGGUACAGAAGAUACGCGCAACAAAAGAGGUAUCAACAGAUAAAGAGUUCUGCCUUGGUAAUUCAGUCUUACAUCCGGGGUUGGAAGGCCCGAAAAAUCCUGCGGGAGCUGAAGCAUCAGAAGCGCUGUGAGGAAGCAGCCACCACCAUUGCAGCGUAUUGGCACGGUACCCAGGCACGAAGGGAGCUGAGCCGGCUGAAGGAGGAGGCUAGGAAUAAACAUGCUAUUGCAGUUAUAUGGGCUUACUGGCUUGGAUCGAAGGCUCGAAGGGAAUUGAAACGCUUGAAGGAGGAGGCUAGGCGUAAGCAUGCGGUUGCUGUCAUUUGGGCUUACUGGCUUGGACUGAAGGUGCGUAGAGAGUACAGGAAAUUCUUCAGAGCCAAUGCUGGAAAGAAAAUUUAUGAAUUUACACUUCAGAGAAUUAUGCAGAAAUACUUCUUGGAAAUGAAAAAUAAGAUGCCAUCCUUAUCUCCAAUAGAUAAGAAUUGGCCAUCGAGACCUUACCUAUUCUUGGAUUCUACUCACAAAGAGCUAAAAAGGAUUUUCCACUUGUGGAGGUGUAAAAAAUACAGGGACCAAUUCACAGACCAGCAGAAACUUAUUUAUGAAGAGAAACUAGAAGCCAGUGAGCUCUUCAAAGACAAGAAGGCCCUGUACCCGUCAAGUGUUGGGCAACCAUUCCAAGGGGCGUACCUGGAAAUCAACAAGAAUCCCAAGUAUAAGAAACUCAAAGAUGCCAUUGAAGAAAAGAUCAUCAUUGCUGAAGUUGUGAACAAAAUUAACCGUGCUAAUGGGAAGAGUACAUCCCGGAUUUUCCUCUUAACAAAUAAUAAUCUCCUUCUUGCUGAUCAAAAGUCUGGACAGAUCAAGUCAGAGGUUCCCCUGGUGGAUGUGACCAAAGUAUCGAUGAGCUCACAAAACGAUGGCUUCUUUGCCGUCCACCUCAAAGAGGGCUCUGAAGCAGCUAGUAAAGGAGACUUUCUCUUCAGCAGUGAUCACCUGAUUGAAAUGGCCACCAAGCUCUACCGGACGACUCUCAGCCAAACCAAACAGAAGCUCAAUAUUGAGAUUUCCGAUGAGUUCCUGGUGCAGUUCAGACAGGACAAAGUAUGUGUGAAGUUUAUUCAGGGCAGCCAGAAGAAUGGGAGUGUCCCAACGUGCAAACGAAAAAACAACCGUCUCCUUGAAGUCGCCGUUCCUUAACUGGCACCUCCUCUCUGCUUUCAUGGACUCAUGUCUUUGUUAUAGUGCAAUUUGGUUUCCUUUUGUUUGGGGUUCAUUGUAUGUUUGGGAAUUGCCAAAGGCUAAUACUGUUAGAGUCCCUUGGCAAAAUAAAAAUAUUUGACUAAUCAAUCUUUAUUAUUGGAAUAGUUUUAACCCUUAAAGUACACAUUCUGUCCUGGGGCAGGAUUGUAGAAACUAACAGUGUCUGUGCCAUGUCAUAUGUGUUCUUUGUUUAGUGAUCAUGUUAGGUCUGUGUACCCUAAAUCAACAUAUUACUCAUAAAUCAUUAAUACAUCUAAGUAUAGGAAAUGGUCUUAAAAGAUAGUGCAUUCAUUCAUCGAGUAUUUAUUGGAUGCCUGCUCUGUGCUAGGCACUGUGCUAGAUGGUAUGAAGACUUACCAGGAACCUUUUUUUGUUUUUAAGGCCAUUGCAUUCUGGCUGGUUUGUGCUGGCUUUACUAAGGCAAAGAGAGUUUGAAAAUGUUGAGACCAAAACAGUGGCUGUUGAUGAUGGACAGCAUUAUUAGGAAUCCUGUAGUAUGGUCUUUAGCAAUAUAUACUUCAAGAAGGGCUGGUCCUAGGAAGUAGAAAUAUAUAACUGAGCAGGACUUUUAAUUUGGUCAGAUCUCCUGUAAUUGCUUUUAACGGUAGAAAACAGAAUCAAUCAUAUUUUAGAAAAAGUGACAGAAACAGUCCAGUAAGAUUAUAUUUUCCCGUUUUUGGUAAACAUCAUGUAUGAUCCUACAUAUGCUAAUAUCUGCAGAGUGUUGUUUUCACCCAAAUUUGAGUAAAUAUUUGAAACAGCUAAUACAGUGAAGGGCUGAAAGCCUUUCCAGUAGUGGCAAGUGUUCUGUACGAUGUGCAAUAAACAUCCAGGAUCUUUUUUGCAAGUUUUAUUUAUAAUAUACAUUUUGUAUGAGAGAGGUGAUUGGUGCAGGGUGCAUAUUUUAGUCAAGGAUCAAAAUGGUUUGUGUUAAUUUGCAGGACUUUUUUUUUUCUUCUUCAAAUUUACAAUAAGGAUUCAUUUUGGAAACUACAUUUUAAACUUUGGAAUCAAAUUCUUUCUUAUUUGGGAGGAUAAUGUAUAUACAUUGGUAUGUUAAAUAAUAAAACUGUUCUAUUUGGUGCCAUUUCCUGGAUCACAACUGUAUUUUUGUAUUUCGGGCUAUUUUCUCAUGUUGUGUGUCAAUGUAUUGUUGCACAGAAAGGCUUUACAAUCCAAACAUUAAAUGUUCUCUGUGUAAUUGAA